UUCUGUUAUAGUUUAAUCUAAUUAUAAGAUUAUACAUAAUGUUGUAAACUGCAAUAUUAUUAAUAUAAAAUUAUAAAUUUAUUUUAGCCAGGAGAUCUUUGGAAAUUUCUUCAAGCUUUAUAUAACGUAGAAAUCCCAGAACCUGGAAUGAAACUUCAUGUUGCUUAUAAUCAGGGUAAAAGUGAUUUUAUUGCUAGUACUCCAGAUCAUCAUAAAUUAUCAAGCAUUCCUGAAGAUAGGAAUUUAACAGAAUAUUUCAGUGCUAUAAGUGUCAAUAAUAUGAUGACUAUAUUUGCUAGUAUGUUAAAUGAACGAAGAAUAUUAUUUACUUCCAAGAAACUAAGCCAAUUAUCUGCCUGUGUUCAAGCCGCUAAUACAUUAAUAUAUCCAAUGUGUUGGCAGCACAUAUUUAUUCCAGUUUUGCCUAAGCACUUGCUUGAUUAUGUGAGUGCUCCAAUGCCUUUCCUGAUUGGCAUACCAUCUUCAACGAUGUCAAAAGUAAAUACAUCCGAAUUAGGAGAAGUUGUUAUCUUGUAUGUUGAUAUUAAUAAAGUUGAAACAUGUUUUAAUGAUCUUGAAAGCCUUCCUUCAGAAAUUGUACAGGUUUUAAAAAAAAGUCUUAAACAUGAGAAUAUUCUUCUUGGAGACGGAUUAGCAAGAGCAUUUUUGAGAGCACUAGUACAGUUAAUAGGAGGUUAUCGAGAAGCACUAAGAGUACAACUGGGAGAAAAGAUAACCUUUAAUUCGGAUGCCUUUAUACAAACCAGGCCCAUUUCUAUGCAACCUUUUUUAGAAAGAAUGCUUCAUUUACAGAUAUUUCAGCAGUUUAUCGACGGCCGACUGGAAAUGUUGAAUAGCGGACAAGGUUUUUCGGAUGAAUUUGAACUUGAAGUUAACAUGUAUGAAGAGAAAUCUAGUAGUAGCUUAAAAACUCAGUAUAAAGAAUGGGUGCAAAUGAUGAAGAAAGAAGGUGGGGCUUUUUUCAAAACAGUAAAGCAUAAGGUAGGAAAUUUUUUUUUAUGA